CGAACACCCCCAUUGCAGGUUGCUUUGGUAAAAAUCGGCGGCGGCGGCGCUGUUCAGCUCGAUUUUGAACGAUGCUGGUGACAUUUGUGGUGGACACGAGUGCGUCGAUGGGCCAGCGAUCUGCUUGCGGCAUGACAUUACUGGACUUUGCCAAGUCGGUGGUCGAGACGAUGGCGAAGAAACUGUUAUCGCGCACGGUCAACCGCAUGAACUACAUGCACUUUAUGCUCGUGACGUUCAAUGGCGUGGUCGUGGGCAUGGAGAACUCUACAAACCGCGAGAUGUUUUACCGCGAACUCAAGUACUUGGAGCCACGGGACUUGAGCGACGUCGGAAGCGCCUUGAGUUCCGCGUUUGACUUGAUCAACCGCGAACGGGCCAAGAUCUUUUGCGACAACUACGGUCUCGGACGACUACCAUACAAUGCCCACAUGACGCACAUUGUCCUCAUCACGGACGCAGGCACGAUCACGACGAUGGACGGCAUUCAGACCGACCUCGUGGUGCCGCCGACCAGUUUGUCCGCGUUGGAUCUCACGCGACAGCCGUUCCGAUGGGAUCAGGUACACAAAUGUUGAGGCAUCAACCAACCUAUCGCACUGUAGCGCUUGUUUACAAUCGCGGUGCAAUUGAGUGCAGACAUUACGGCCAGCAAGCCUUCCGCUAAUGCUGUGAACCCGCCGUACUUUUCGUCGUUGUGCGACGAAACCGGCGGCAUGCUGCAUCUGUUCAACAACGGCCGCGUCACCAAGGCAGCCGUCGAGAAAGAGGUGGACCUCGUGAUUGCGCGCAUGAAGUCAGGGGUGCUCGUCCGGUUCCAGUGCGACGCGUCGCCGGCGUCGUCGACAGGCGGCCCGUCCGGCGCGAUGGACACGGACACAUUUGGCAUGACCAAGAACACGCUGUCCACGGCAGCGACCCUCACGCGCGAGUUCGUGUGGCCGAUCCCCGAGUCGUUCUGGGUAGACCGCACCACCACUAGCCUGCCCCUUCGCGACGCGCACCCCGUGCUCACGUUCAAGCGGUCGGUCGAAUCACAGGCCGAAGCCGCGACCAACCAAAUGGUGCUGGAAACCCUCAAAUUCCCCGCCGAUUCGUAUCAAGUGGACAACGUGCUCAACCCGACGCCGCCCCGAGGGGCCCGGUGGCUCGUGUACGUGGUGGGCAGUCGCAGCGAAGGCCGCACAGGGGAAGCAUUUGGGUUUCUACGGACCACCACGACCAACGGCGUGUCGAUCACGAGGCUGGUGUUGCUGCCGUACAAUUUCCCCGUGCUGUUUUCGCUGCUCGUGGACGCCGCGCGGCAGCACGCGGCAAAUCCCAACCCCAACCCGACCAACCCGUGGCACUUUCACAGCAAGACCAUGACGGCUAGCUGGCGAGAUGCGUUCUCGACGUACCUGUCGUCGGUGCCAUUUUACUACCACAUGCCACUGCGCAAGGUGCUCAAACGGUACAACUUGCACGAGUUGGUGCCGGAUAUCCCCGACGGCGGCCGAAGCUACCAGGUGACGAAUCUGUUGACCCGACUCAAAGACAUUGCGAUGACAGCCGCCGACUCGGACCGACAGCCGCCGCCUCCUUCGACUCGCAGCAACUCGUCGAGCCAUUCGUCGCCGUCGUCGUCGGCUCCCAACUCCCCGUACCACUUGACAAAGCCCGUCGCGGUCAGCCAAAACGUCAUGCAACUUGCACCUGCAGACCUGCUCACGUUUCACGCCAAGCACAAACUCGCGGUCGUGUGCCGCAAACCGCCGCUGGACCACGCAACCACCGCCGACGUGCCGCUGUGGACAGGUCCGUUGGCGCACUUGGCCCCGAGCAAGGCAGCGCUGGCGAUGGAGCAGCAUCCAUCCAAGUUUUUCCUGUCUGUGGAGGUGAUGAGCGACUACAUCCCCACGGCCCUCAAAACGGAGCGCCACCGGAAUCCGUUUGGCGAGCCCGACAAGGACGAAGCGACGGUCGAGGGCACGCGGCGCCGCAAACUCGAGUUUUCGCUUGACUUUCCGUACAAAAAGACCAACAACUCGAGCAAGGGCUCGGGGGGCGGAAGCAGCGGGGACGAAGCCGCCGAUGAAGCCGCCGCCCUCGGCACGACCAACGUCAUGACGUCGUCCAAUCGUCGGAAACGUCAAAAGUACCUCAAGAACCGGAGGGGGAGGGACAGCGCGUCGUCGCCGAGCACAUCGUCCCCCGAGUCGUCGUCGUCGUCCCCCCAGCGGUUGAUCCAAGUCCCCCAUAAUGCUGUUAGUGACCAGGGCGACGAGGAAGGGGCCCAGAAGGAGCUGGCGCGGCGGUUGGGCGUGGACGAGGCGCACGAUGCGGGGGCGUGGAGCCAGCAAGUGUACCGAGUGCUCAUUGACCACAACACUCGAUGGCAGGCCAUCGUUGCGUUGAUCAAAGCCAGGACCUUUCAGCCGACGGAUGUAGCCAAGGUCCUCAAAGCGCUGGUGGAGAUUCCAGUGGACGAACGCGUGCGGGGCGGUUACUUGGCGCUGGCGUUGACACUUGCAAAGGAGUACAAGCGAGCAAUGUUGGUGAAAAUGCUCCAAGCCAAGCGACUUGCCUAGGCCGAAACUUCAAACUUGGAAAACCAUUUUAUAUUAGCAGUACUGUAGUUGUGAAAUGUAGUGCUGCUGCAUAUAUAUAAAGUCAAACGAUCAACUCAAAGCCCCUGGGACGACGAGGGGCCUUCACAUAGGGCCGCCCCGG